UUUGUUUUGGGCGUUUUUCCAUUCAUCACAAAAGUCUUUGCAGAAUCAUAAUUCGUGUUUUGUUUAAUUUUCCUUUCAUAUUUUAGUUUCAAUCCAUUUCAUUUUCUUUAAAGUUUAAGAAUAAUUCAAGAAUAUGUUAUAAAAGAUAAAAUAAGCGAGAAUGACUUCUGUAAGAGCAAUAAAAAGGAAAUCUUUGCAAAGACAAAAUAUAAACAAAGACGACACUUUGUUCAGUUCUUGGCCAUGUAUCGCGGUAAAAAAAAGUUUCUCAUUGAAAAGAUCUAAAUCUGAAUCUGACCUCAGAGAUGUUAUACCAUCAAAGAGUGAUUUGAAGCGUCUUGCGAAAUCAGAAAGGAAUAUAAAAACAUUAUAUUCUAACUUCACGACGUCAACACCUUAUAGCAAUCUUUUGACCCCACCAAGUCCCGUGUCUCCAUCUCAAGAAAACGUCAUGGAUAUCAGUUGUAACUUCAGUGUAAUCUCUGAUGGAGAUAAAAUUAAAAUUCCCAUCGUGGGUUAUGAAGUGAUGGAAGAAAGAUCUCGGUUUACUAUUUUCAAAUUACGAAUAGAAAACUAUGAGAAGAAUAACUUUUGGCUUGUUCUUCGACGCUUCACUGACUUUACGAGGUUGCAUACAAAGUUGAAGUCGAUGUUCCCAGAUGUGAAUCUCGUUCUGCCAAAGAAGAAGUGGUUUGGUAACAAUUUCAGUUCCGGAUUUUUAGACACGCGUAUCACGGGAUUACAAACAUUCAUCAAUGAUAUUUUGGGUAAUUCUAAAUUAAGAAACUGUGCUGUUGUUCGGGAGUUCUUCUGCUUAGAUGAUCCUCCGAUGUACAGUGAAUCAAUGGAAGAGUGUAAAGCUAUUUUCGAAGCUCAAGAAGAAAUGAUUGCUAAUCUUAAGUUACAACUUAAGGCAAAAGAUGAGACUAGACCAGAAGGUUCUCAGUCAUCAACUCCACAAGCAAAUAGCACCAGUUCCGCGUUUAGUUUGGAAAGUCGUAUGAAAUAUAUUUCAUAUUAUAACUUUCCCUAUUGUGAUGAGUCUGUUAAAUAUGAAAAAGUAGCUAAGAUUGGUCAAGGAACGUUCGGGGAGGUAUUCAAAGCAAGAGCUAAAAACGAUACUAAGUUCGUUGCUAUGAAAAGAGUCCUCAUGGAAAAUGAGAAAGAAGGAUUUCCCAUUACAGCAUUACGUGAAAUUCGUAUUCUUCAACUUUUGAAACAUGAAAACGUUGUUAAUCUGAUAGAAAUAUGUCGAACGAAAGCUAACAAAAACAAUAAUUACAAAUCAAUAUUUUAUUUAGUUUUUGACUUUUGUGAACACGAUUUGGCCGGAUUGUUAUCAAAUGUCAAUGUAAAAUUCAGCUUAGGAGAGAUUAAAAAAGUUAUGAAACAAUUGUUGAAUGGUCUUUAUUACAUUCAUUCGAAUAAGAUUCUACAUCGAGAUAUGAAAGCAGCAAAUGUAUUGAUAACAAAGACUGGUGUAUUGAAACUAGCAGAUUUUGGUUUAGCUCGAGCAAUAAGCAUUUCAAAGAGUGGCCAACCAAAUCGAUAUACAAACAGAGUCGUCACUUUAUGGUAUCGUCCACCAGAAUUACUUCUUGGUGAUAGAAAUUAUGGACCACCAGUUGAUAUGUGGGGAGCGGGAUGUAUAAUGGCUGAAAUGUGGACAAGAUCGCCAAUUAUGCAAGGUGCGACAGAACAACAACAACUUACACUUUGUGCUCAACUUUGUGGGUCAUUUACGCCUGAAGUAUGGCCAGGUUUAGAUAAACUCGAUCUUUAUCCUAAGAUGGAAUUGCCGCUCAAUCACAAAAGAAAGGUUAAAGAGAGAUUGCGACCAUAUGUCAAAGAUCCACAUGCAGUUGAUCUUCUCGAUCAAUUGCUAAUCCUUAAUCCGGAGAAAAGAAUAAAUGCUGAUGAUGCACUCAUGCACGACUUCUUUUGGACUGAUCCAAUGCCUUCAGAUCUUGGAAAGAUGUUAUCACAAUUAACGCAAAGUAACUUCGAAUUCCUUGCUCCUCCACGCCGUUCCACUCAGAUGAUGCAUCGUUAUCAACAACAAACAGCUAACGCAAUCGCUCAACGACCACAAGACAACAGUUAUCAAGAUCGCGUUUAUUAAUCUUCAUUUUCCUUCCCAUGAAUUGUUCUAAAUUCAAUGUGAAUAAUUGCACUGAAAUAAAACUUAAAAGAUUUAAGUCAAAAA